CUAGAAAAAAUCCCCGACAUUUGACACGUAUUGUCUUUUGUUUUAAGUAUUCCCACAUAGUGAUAUUUCCUUUGCCAAAAUGUGGGAGCAGCUGGCGGGGUAUCGCAAUCACUUCUUGCAGCACGAGAUCAAGGACGUGCUGAGACCGACUUCGAUCAACAGCCAGCAGAACAAGGAGUGGCCUCUGGACAUGGAGAAGCGCCAUAUCUGCAAGUGCGUGCCGUACUGCUGCACUUCCACGUCCACUCACCUGGAGGAUCGGGCCCAACUGGCCUACGGCUGGUUUGCUCUGCCCAAGUUGCUCAAAGAACUGGACAGUGAUGUUCGCCUGACCCACUGGAAGGCGGUCGUCUCGCUGACCGAGUUUCUGCUGAACCCUCUGAAUGCCCAGAGGGCCAUCACUGAAAUGGACAUUGUGAGAAAGUUGAAAAACGCCUUUAUGCGUAUGAGACUGAAGCUUCACAAGGAGGAACACCGGGAGGGAGAGAUGUAUCUGAAGAUUUAUAAUAUUCUCUCGCGGAAUUACGAUGGAGCAGAGAACAUUGCCAACCGCAAGUGUCUGAGGAUCGAGUUCUACAAAAUAAUCCACAACCAGGAGGACAUUAGGGAUGACCUCGCUUCAGAGAUUCUGCGUAACCUGACAGGAAAACCAAAGGUUUUGGGCAUCAUUCUGGAGGACCCCGAGAACUUUUCAGCGCUGGCUGGUAUUUUCAAGCAGGAUCCCUGCCGGCCGCACUACUCCCAGCACUUGUGGCACCAUCUGUGUCACCUGCUUGAAGUGGCGCCCGAGCAGGGCAUCGAACUGGGCUUUUUCGAGCUGCUCCACGCGAGGAUCCUGAACCGCCUCUCCAACUUCUGGGACAUGGCCACCAAGGCCUUUGCCCUGCUGCUCCGUUGUGCAGAGGGUCAGCGGAGAUUCGAUGCGGUGGACGGGGUGAAGCUGCUGUAUGAUGUGUUUGCCCAACCCGAUGAGAACCCAAGGAAGUUGCUGCCCCGCCAGAGGGUGGAGAACUGGGAGUAUACGGUCUUGGCCUUACUAAAUGGCCUGCACAGCAAGCGCGCCCUGUGGCGCAGCAGGGAGUUCACCCAGCUGCCGUGCUACGUGGGUCGCCUCAUGGAGUCCACGGUGGACAAUCCCCGCCUGCAACUCUACUGCCUCAAGGUGUUCCGCGAGCUGGGCGUGAUGCCCUGCAUCAAGCGCUACAUCAUAGGCAACUGGUUGGAGGACAUCUGCAAGCUGUUCUGCCUGGAUGCGGAGGCGGAAUGCGCCAGGGAUUCCCUGGUCGACUGGCUGCGUCGCGAUAUAGCCGACAGCAGCUAAAUAUCCGUGGUAUUUACUUUUGUUCCAUUCUGAUGAUUGCCUCUCUCCCCGUCAAACCGUUUCAAAAAGGGAAACCGGUUAUAUUGAGGGGUUAACCCGGUUCGCAGUCUUGAUUGUGGCCAGGCACCGUAGUAUUUACCUUUGAUUCUAUCUAUUGCCACCCCAAAACAUCGCAUUUCCCCGCUUUCAAGCCGCUCAGAUAAAUCCAAACCGUUCCAAAAACCACCCCUGAUGUCCCAAAAAGAGAAACCGGUUAGGUUUAGGGGUAAACCCGGUUCAAAGAGCCACGAACUGAAGAGAGAGCUUUCCCAACUGCCGUCAGCUGUUGUCUUCGGUUGCAAAAUAACGCAAAUUGUGGUAAAUAUUUAACACCUCUCAAGUCUGUGUAUGCCAAUUACUCAAGAGUUCUGUUUAAUGUUGAUGAAAGUAAAACAAAUUUAUUUUACAGUGCACUAGA